CAGCCAUGGCAAUGACAGGUUCGACACCGUGCUCGUCCAUGAGUAAUCACACAAAGGAAAGGGUUACGAUGACCAAAGUGACGCUGGAGAAUUUUUAUAGCAAUCUUAUUGCCCAACAUGAAGAACGAGAAAUGAGACAAAAGAAGUUAGAAAAAGUGAUGGAAGAAGAAGGCCUGAAAGAUGAAGAGAAACGGCUCCGGAGAUCAGCACAUGCUCGAAAGGAAACAGAGUUUCUUCGUUUGAAGAGAACAAGACUUGGAUUGGAAGAUUUCGAGUCCUUAAAAGUGAUAGGCAGAGGAGCAUUUGGUGAGGUUCGGCUUGUUCAGAAGAAAGAUACAGGGCACGUGUAUGCAAUGAAAAUACUCCGUAAAGCUGAUAUGCUUGAGAAAGAGCAGGUUGGCCACAUUCGUGCGGAGCGUGACAUUCUAGUGGAGGCAGACAGUUUGUGGGUUGUGAAAAUGUUCUAUAGUUUUCAGGAUAAGCUAAACCUCUACCUAAUCAUGGAGUUCCUGCCUGGAGGGGACAUGAUGACCUUAUUGAUGAAAAAAGAUACUCUGACAGAAGAGGAGACUCAGUUUUAUAUAGCAGAAACAGUAUUAGCUAUAGACUCCAUUCACCAACUUGGAUUCAUCCACAGAGACAUCAAACCAGACAACCUUCUCCUGGACAGCAAGGGCCAUGUGAAACUUUCUGACUUUGGCCUUUGCACAGGACUGAAGAAAGCACAUAGGACAGAAUUUUAUAGGAAUCUGAACCACAGUCUUCCCAGUGAUUUCACUUUCCAGAACAUGAACUCCAAAAGGAAAGCAGAAACCUGGAAAAGAAAUAGACGUCAGCUAGCCUUCUCUACGGUAGGCACUCCCGACUACAUUGCUCCCGAGGUGUUCAUGCAGACCGGGUACAACAAGCUCUGUGAUUGGUGGUCGCUGGGGGUGAUCAUGUAUGAAAUGCUCAUCGGCUACCCACCUUUUUGUUCUGAGACCCCUCAAGAGACAUAUAAGAAGGUGAUGAACUGGAAAGAAACUUUGACUUUUCCUCCAGAAGUUCCCAUCUCUGAGAAAGCCAAGGAUCUAAUUUUGAGAUUCUGCUGUGAAUGGGAACGUAGAAUUGGAGCCCCUGGAGUUGAGGAAAUCAAAAGUAAUUCUUUUUUUGAAGGCGUUGACUGGGAACAUAUCAGAGAGAGACCUGCUGCGAUAUCUAUUGAAAUCAAAAGCAUUGAUGAUACCUCAAAUUUUGAUGAGUUUCCAGAAUCUGAUAUUCUUAAGCCAACAGUGGCCACAAGUAAUCACCCUGAGAGUGACUACAAGAACAAGGACUGGGUCUUCAUCAAUUACACGUACAAACGCUUCGAGGGCCUGACUGCAAGAGGGGCAAUACCUUCCUACAUGAAAGCAGCAAAAUAGUGCCCUUGCCGUGGAAUCCUAAACGGAGCAGUUCUUUUGUCCAACACCUUGGUUUUCCUGUCACGCUCUUUUGAAAGAGAUUCCAAAAAGUUAAUGGAACCUAUCAACCUGUCAUAAUAGUAUCCUGGAAUGUGGAUUAUAAGCGGAUUUUCUCCGUAAUGCAUUGGAAAAACCUAACAGGACAGAAACAGCCAUUUUUGCUGCAUCAGCCAUAAACCAACUGUCCUGCUUCUUGAGAAGCAUCGUGAGCCAAUUUGAUAAGUGUUUUUAAAAGAACUUGAGUCUUCCUAAGUUCAUCGGAACCAAGGGGGAAACAGCCAGCAUCCAGCAUUACUGAGAUUGUGAUGCGUAGUCAUCAAGUAUCAGCCAAUUCCUGUGAUUUGUGACAGCUAUCUGCCACGCCCACCAAGUAUUUCUUUUAUCCUUACGGCUAAAAGUCCCAUAUUACCAAGGAAAUAAGCAAUAACGGAAGUCUCAGAGCCAGCAUUCUGGCUGGAGGGAAUGAGCCACCGCCCGUGGGGUGGUAGUAGUUUCCCCCAUACCUCAGCUUCAGGCAGGUGGCUUUUACAGCCCCCCACUCAUGGUGCACUUUAUUUAUGGUACUAGGAUAAAGACCCUCACUCCAUUGAUUUAUCUCCUCCCUCCUGCCCAUCUAAAAUAUAAAAUGCUCAUGCUGCUUUUCUGAGUGUUGUGGAGGAAUACCAGCUCCAUCCAUUGUUGCUCUUAGCAGGCCCAGAAGACCCCUGGACAUCACCAAGGAGGCCUGGAUCAUAGGGAAAAGCCUUCAUUUUCUCUUCACGGCUGUUAUCAGAAAAUCCCUGAGGCAGAUGUUGCCAUGGCUCAGCAGUACCUGCACAUGCUACCGGGAGGAACUCAGUGUGUUCCUGGGAAGACAGCGAGGGGCCCAGGCUGAGGCAGGAGGCCUGGAACCCUCUUGGCUAAGGUGCCGUUUCUACUUCUGCAAGGUCUCCAAGAGCCGCCUUGGAAGUGGUGAAGGAGCCGGCCCAGUGGGAAGUGCAGAGUCAGCUGAAAGGUCCUUGUGAAAUUCACCCAAUCCUGGGGCAACGGUUUUGUCUUCUGCCUUGGUAUUUCUCCUCUCCCACCUUUAAGUAGCCAUUUUGCCUUGGAAUCAUGAUUACAGUUUUUCCUUUGCAGAUGCCUUCCUGGAGGAUACUCCUCCCUACGGAAAACGGUCACCUGCAGCUUGCGCUGAAUGGGCCUUUCCGCUGUGGUGUUCUCUAACGAGAGACCUGAAUUUUAGCACAAGUGCCUUCUCUUUCACAGCUGCCACCACCUUUAGAGGAAUUUUGCUGCGUCAGAAUAAUGUGGAGGCCCCAUAUUACUGCAUUAUUACUUUUUAAAAAAGUUUUGAUAACUCUUAAAGCGUCGUUUGCACCGGUGUGGUAACUUUGCCUGUUGCAGAGCAUCAGGGCCAAGCUACAGAGGGGACUGCUGUCUGCAGCCUUGAGAUUGUGAAGACCGGCUAUGAGAGGGAAGUAUGUCUUACCUAUCAGAAAA